AUGUCCAUAGCUAAAGCGCUGUCUGGCAUGCUGGGUUGUCAUUUUGUUUGUUGCUCACAGCCAUCGCUCUUCAAAGGUGCGGUGCUGCUGGCACCGAUGUUGUCACUGGAGAAAAUCGCCAAGAAGGGCCUGAAUCCUUACCUAAAGCCCAUCGCAUCGCUGCUGAGCUGGGCUGUUCCAGCGCUUCCAGUGGCUGAGAAUGGAAAAAACACGAAGUUCCCAGCUAUACAGGAAGCGUUUGACAAAGACCCAGGGACUUGGACUCAGAUGACAAGGGCUCGGGUGGCCAACGAAUACCUGCGAGUAACAAGCGAACUGACAAAGUUAUUUCCCAGCAUGGAAUUCCCGUUUUUGUGCAUCCAUAGCAAGGAGGACACCUUCACUGAUCCAGAGGGGUCAGCACUGAUGCACGAAAAAGCACAGUCAAAAGACAAGACUCUGCACCUGAUCGACGACAUGUGGCACUUCCUCAUGCACGAGCCCGGAAAUGAGAAGGUCCAAGAAAUCGUCUUGGAGUGGCUGAAGCAAAGAUGUUAG